UUCAGUCAGAACAACGUUGUUUAUCAGAACGAUUGUACUUAUUUAAAGUAUUCUUUAAAAUGGAUAGAGAUAUUAUUAUUUUAGCUUAUUCUGGCGGACUUGAUACUAGCUGCAUUUUAAAAUGGUUAAUUCAAAAGAAUUACGACGUAGUUUGUUACAUAGCCGACGUUGGGCAGAACGAUGAUUUUGAAAAAGCAAGUCAGAAAGCAAAACUCAUCGGAGCUAAAGACGUAAUAGUGGAAGACUUGCGUGAGGAGUUUGUGACUAAUUAUAUGUUGCCUGCCAUUCAAAUGGGACUAGUUUAUGAAAGCCGCUACUAUUUGGGUACUUCCUUAGCGCGGCCCUGCAUUUCUGUAGGAAUUGUAAACGCUGCCAGAAAACUUGGUGCUAAAUAUAUUUCUCAUGGUGCUACCGGCAAAGGAAAUGAUCAAGUUCGUUUCGAACUAAGCGUUUAUUCGUUGUGGCCAGAGGGAAAGGUAAUCGCACCAUGGCGUCUUCCAGAAUUCUUUAAUAGGUUUCAAGGACGAAGUGACCUUAUCGAAUAUGCUAAUAAAGAGAACAUUCCAGUCGCAGCGACACCCAAAGCUCCGUGGUCUACUGACGAAAAUAUUAUGCAUAUAAGUUACGAAUCAGGGGUCCUUGAAGACCCCAGUGUCAUACCUCCGAGUGGUAUUUACAAAAUGACUCGAGAACUUGCCCAAACGGAUGAUUAUGCGAGCAUUAUUGAUAUUACAUUCCAAAAAGGUUUGGCAGUUUCUGCUCAAAUACCUAGUGGUCAGGAAAAAGCACUAAUAAUAACAGACGCCUUGACGCUGGUCGAAACCUUGAAUAAAUUGGGAGGACAACAUGGUAUUGGACGUAUUGAUAUUGUGGAAAACCGAUUUCUGGGUCUGAAGUCAAGAGGACUUUAUGAAACACUGGCUGGUACUAUAUUACACGAAGCUCAUUUAGAUUUAGAAGCUUAUGCUCUUGACAAGGAAGUAUUGAGAAUCAAAAAAUAUCUUCAAGACAAAAUGGCCGAUUUUGUAUAUAACGGUUUUUGGUUUUCGCCGGAAGCUUUCUACACGAGGAAAUGCUUAGAAAUGUCUCAAGAAUCAGUUACUGGCACUGUAACAGUUCAGAUUUUUAAAGGAAGUGUGUCAAUUUUAGCAAGGAAGAGUACCACAAGUUUGUACAAUAAAGAUUUGGUUUCCAUGGACAUUGCUGGUGGGUUUUCACCCGAAGAUAGCACUGGAUUUAUUAACAUUAACGCGGUCCGUCUGAAGGAGUAUGCACGUUUUACUGCUGCAACAAAAAAAAUUAAAUAAAUUUUGUACUGUUUGAAUAUAGAAAUUUUAUACUGCACGAUUA